UAAAAUACAAAAAAAAAAUCAAACUGUAUCAGCUGCUCGGAUCAGCUAUUAACAGAAAUAUAAAUAAAGAAGAACAUUUUUCUGAUUAGUUUGGAUUUACUUCGAUUUAGACACAUUAAUAUGUCAUUUCUAAGGGGCUCUGAAAAUUAUGUUUGGUGUACGACGAGCGUGCUAGGAAAAGGUGCCACUGGUGCAGUAUUUCAGGGUGUUAAUAAGAAUAAUGGUGAACCAGUGGCUGUCAAGACAUUCAAUCAAGUGAGCCACUUGCGUCCGCAUGACGUACAGAUGAGAGAGUUUGAGGUCCUCAGGAAAGUUAAGCAUGAGAAUAUUGUCAAACUACUCGCUAUUGAGGAAGAGCAGGAAGGACAUGGCAAGGUAAUAGUGAUGGAGUUGUGCACCGGUGGCAGUCUGUUUAACAUCCUGGAUGAUCCUGAGAACACAUAUGGCCUGCAGGAAGAUGAGUUCUUGUUGGUAUUAGAACAUUUAACAGCAGGUAUGAAACAUUUAAGAGAUAAUAACUUAGUUCAUAGAGACUUAAAACCUGGUAAUAUCAUGAAGUUCAUCAAUGAGGAUGGAACUACAACAUACAAGCUGACGGACUUUGGUGCUGCCCGGGAACUGCGCGAGGAAGAGCAGUUUCUGUCCCUGUAUGGCACAGAAGAGUACUUGCACCCUGAUAUGUAUGAGAGAGCCGUCCUAAGGAAACCUGUUGGCAAGAGUUUUGGGGCUACUGUGGAUCUCUGGUCAAUAGGAGUGACUUUAUAUCAUGUUGCAACAGGGCAGCUGCCCUUCCGGCCUUAUGGGGGAAGGAGAAAUAAAGAUACUAUGUUUUUUAUAACAACCAAAAAGGCUUCGGGUGUUAUAUCUGGCACACAAACAACAGAAAAUGGCCCAAUAGAUUGGUCGAGGGAGCUACCAUCACACUGUCAGCUCAGUGCAGGACUGAAGAAGCUGGUGACUCCGCUACUAGCCGGCUUGCUAGAAGUGAACCCUCACAGGAUAUGGAGCUUCGAGAUGUUCUUCUCUGAAGUACAAACGAUUACCAGCACUAAAGCCGUUUACAUUUUUCAUGUAAACACAGCGUCCAGCAUAAAGGUAUUUUUGAAGCCAGAAGAGAAGUAUGAACAUUUGCAGACCUACAUAUGUGAACAAACAAGUGUGGUGGCCGAAUCUCAGAUAUUGCUCUACAAAGACGAUCUCAUUCUGUCCGAAAUUGAUGAGAACACUCCGGGUAAGAGCUACCCCGCCACGUGCGCGGAGUGUCCCCUGCUGCUGUUCAACAAGAACGACAACAAGGUGAGCAUGGAGCCCGAGCCCGAGAUGCCCAAGUUCCCGGAGUUCCCUGCCGCCGUCUCCGUCGAGAACGACGCCGCUCUAGCCAAGACGGCGUGCAGCGUGGCGCACGUGAUCCAGCGGCGCGUGGACGAGCUGUGCGCGUCUUCGGUGCUGUGCGCGCAGUGCGUGACGCGGUGGGGGGCGCUCGUGGCGGCGCGCCUCCGGGACGUGGCGCGGCGCGCCGACGCGCUGGCGGCGCACGCGGCCCGCCUGCACGACGCGGCGCGCGCGCUCGACCUGGCGGCGGCGGCGGCGCGGCGUGCGGGGGCCGGCGGGGCGGCGGCGCGCUGGGCCGGGCCGGGCGCGGCGGCGGCGCUGGCGCGCGAGGCGGACGCGCUGCGGGCGGGCGCGGCGGCGCUGGCGGCGCGGCACGCGGGCGGCGCGCUGCGGGCCGAGUGGGACGACGCCGUGCUGCACGCCGCCUGCCCGGCCGCGCUGCGCCUGCCGCGCCGCUCGCGCUCGCUGCUGGAGCGCCUGCGCGACUCGUGGCAGCACCUGGUGCGCGACCGCGCCACGCGCGCGCUCACCUACAACGACGAGCAGUUCCACGUGCUGGAGCGCAUCACGGUGGCCGAGAGCGGGCGCCGCGUGCGCGCGCUGCUGGCCCGCGCCGCGCCGCUGGCCCGAGCGCGCCACGCCGCCAUCGCCGACUGGACGCGCGCCGCGCACACCGUGCGCCUGCAGGCCACGCUGCUCGACAAGGACGUGGCCGCGGCAGAGCUGAAGCUGCUAGCCAUGGCGGCGCGGCACCAGGACACGGAGCAGGCGCUGCGGCCCGCGCUGCAGGCGGGCAGCGAGCAGGAGCAGCCGGCGGGCGGCCCCGGCGCCGUGUGCGCGGCGGCGGCGGGCGCGCGCGCGCUCGUGGCGUCCGGCGACGAGCUGGCGGGAGCGCUGGCCGCCAACUCGGCGCUGCUGGCCACGCUGCUGCGGCUCACGUGCGACGUGCAGCCCUAGCGCCGCGCGCACACCGCCUCCGACACCCACUCGGACUCCGACCCGGCCGACGACUCCGCCUCGGACUCGCGCUCGGCCGACGACGCGCCGUCGUCGCUGGAGUCGGGGGCGCGCACGGCGAUAUUCGAGGCGGGCGGGGCGGCCGCGGCAGCCGACAAGUCGCUCUGUGUGGUCACGUGAGUGACUGGUACUGUGUGUGUGUGUGCGCGGAAUAUUAAAAGUACCCUCAUGAUCACCUUCUAAAUUUUUAACGUUCUUAUUCGUGAAGAAAGCUCACGCGUGUGGGAGAUGAUAAACAGAGGCUACUGUCCUGCAGAGAAAUACAAUAUUAUAUAGAACAUUAUAAAUUAAUGAACUUUGACUCGCUCCCCACGGCUGUGAUGGACCGUCCUGCUCCAACAAGUAAAACUUAACUGAAGUUUUAUGAGUUAGACGAACAUGUACAAGUUAGGUCUGAUCUCACUUGAAUUGGGCUCGUACUCAUUGUUCACCACAUUAUAAGUAUGUUUUAUGUUAUUUAUAUACCUACAUAUUAUUUAAAAAAAAACAAGUUAUUAUUGUAAAAUAUUUUAGAAUAUGGCAACUAUGAUACAAGAUAAAUAAAUGUUAUUUUUGUGAAGAAACUUUUAAA